AUGCCUCUCCUGGUUAGCAAAAAGCAAUUGCACGAGAAAGCCACGCCUCCAAGUAUCAAUUUCCGCUAUCCUCGACCCUUGGGCUUUCGGCUGCGCGCACGGCACGCUCUUAUUGCUCUCCUACUUCUCUGCAUAUACCUUUACUCCUCGUCCUCCCCCUCCUCCUCAACUUCCAUAUUCGCACCAGAUUCAGUACCAUACCGCAACAGCAGAAGCCCGUACAAAAUCCAAGCCACAUUUCCCAUCGAAUUUCCGGAGGCGAAAGCGCUACGAUUACAGCGGCGGGAUGAAGUCAAAGACGCAUUCAGACAUGCCUGGAAGGGGUACAACCACUAUGCGUGGAUGCACGACGAGUUGAUGCCGAUUUCCGGCAGAUAUAAAGAUCCAUUUGUGGGAUGGGCAGCGACACUGGUAGAUUCGCUGGACAGUUUAUAUAUAAUGGGGCUGCAAGAGAAAUUCGAUGAGGCACUUGAAGUGUUGGAGGAGAUCGACUUUUCGAAACCGAACGCCGACAAAGUCUCCGUUUUUGAAGUUACGAUACGAUAUUUGGGAGGGUUGCUGGGUGCAUGGGAUGUUAGCGAGCAUAAAUACCCCGUACUUCUGAAAAAAGCAACUCAAUUGGGAGACUUUCUUGUCAAAGCUUUCGAAACCGAGAAUGGCCUUCCUGUUCCAUACUACUGGUGGAGGAACGAGACGUCCGGAAAGUUGCCUGGCGAGGAUGGUGUCGUAAUCGCACAAGUUGCAAGUCUGAGUUUGGAAUUUAUUCGAUUGAGCCAUGCAACAGGGAACAAGACAUACGCUGCUCGGAUCCAGACAAUCACAAAUCAGCUGAAGAGCACCCAGAACAAUACUGCGCUGCCUGGGAUGUGGCCCAUGAUCGCCGAUUGCUCCGGGCCAGAACUCUAUUUUUCAGACCAGAGAUUCUCGUUGGGUGUUCUUGCAGAUUCUGCCUUCGAAUACCUUCCCAAAACACAUCUUCUCAACUACCGAAAAUCAAAUCAGUAUCUCGAGAUGUAUCGCUCAGCCCUCGCCGCGUUCAGUAAGAACCUAUUCUUCCGGCCAUCCGUCCCUGGAAACCCCGACAUCCUCAUGACUGGCAACCUCGAUAUGUCCACGGAACCCCCUGUACUCGAGGGCCAAUUCCAACACCUAGCAUGCUUCGUCGGUGGCAUGGUCGCCCUCGGAUCUCGGCUCAGCCAGUCAUCCGAAGAGCUCGAAACAGCUGCAAAACUCACAAAUGGCUGCGUGUGGGGGUAUGAUAACACGCCAUCAGGAAUAAUGCCUGAUUUCUCUCACGUGGAGGUCUGCAAAGACCCUGCGCUGUGCGUCUGGAGCGGUGAAGGGGACGGCUUCAAAAGCGUCGACGAUCCAUCGUACCAGCUCAGACCAGAGGCUAUCGAGUCAGUAUUCAUAAUGUAUCGAUUGACAGCGGAUCCUGUCUGGAUGGAUAAAGGGUGGAAGAUGUUCAAAGCGAUUCAGAAACAUACGAGGACGAGUAUUGCGAAUGCGAGAGUUGUGGAUGUCAUGGAAGCUUGGCCAACACUAGAAGAUUCUAUGGAGACUUUCUGGCUGGCAGAGACUUUGAAGUAUUUUUACUUACUUUUCAGUGAGCCGGAUCUGAUCAGUUUGGAUGACUAUGUGUUGAAUACUGAGGCUCAUCCGUUCAGAUGGGGAUGA